AUGGGAGCUGCAGGUGUCGCGUGUGGAUGGUUAACACUCUUUCCCAUCUCUCCUGGAAGACUCUAUGAUAUGCAGGUUGAUGUGUUUCAAGCGAAACACGAACAUGCUCAAUUCUUUUUCCGUUCGUGUCUACAUCUCGGUACAGUCUUUGGAGCUGCUGCUGCUGGAUACUGCGGUGAUCGAUUGGGUCGAGCUGGCACGUUGGAACUUGCAGCAAUCCUAUUUAUUCUAGGCUGGGUCCUCAUUGGCGUCGCGUAUGGAGAACUCACCGUCUUGAUUGGAAGAUACCUCCUAGGCGCUGCAGCUGGGAUGAUCGAUGUGAUUGUACCCGUCUACCUGGCUGAAGUGAGCGCUGCGCAUAUUCGUGGACGAGUGAUUUGUAUGCAGAUGUUUGUUUCAGCGAUCGGGCGGAUCAUUUAUUCGGCACUUGGAGCGCUCUUCAUGUAUCUAAGCCGACAGUAUCUGGGCUUCAAUCUCAGUGAAUGGAAAGUGCUAGCGCUCAUUGGGCUCGUGCCUGCAUUAAUGCUAUUGCUGUUUGCACAAAAGCUCCCUGACUCGCCUACGUGGCUCAUCUCACGCUACGAUGAUCGAGAAGCUUCAUUUCAAGUAUUAUUUAAACUUUAUAAUAAUGAUGAACGAGUUGCAGAAGAUGAGACUAAUGCUAUCAUCCACGCAAAGGUGCUGGCAGCGACGGACAGGCGCCACCACGGCGCAUUCUUUCGCCCAGUACUUCUUUGCGCUGCUCUCUUCACGUUACGUGCCGUGAGUGGAUUCCUUCUCGAGCCAGUAAUUGCGCCAACGCUUGCUAAAGCUAGCAGCAAAGGCGUUGGAGGAAUUCACACCAAUGUCUCUUUCGUCCUCACAAUUUUCGGUGUUGCUGUGGAAGGCGCUGAAGAAGGUCUCAUUGCCGUGACUAUGGCUGUUGCAGUGGCUGCUGCGGUGGGUGUGGUAGCGUGCUUUUACUUCGUUGAUACCAGAGGACGACUUGCGGUGCUGCAAUGUGGAUGUUGCUUGGUGACGUUAGCUUGCGCCUUUCUAUGGGUGUCCAUCUCUCGAAAUGCACAGCUAAUGGCAAGCAACGGCGUGGCACUCAGCGAUAUGGGCUGGGCUGCCAUGCUGCUAGCAAAUGCCGGUCACCAGCUCAGUCUCGGCGUUGUGCCCGUGAUCAUGGUCAGUGAGCUUUUUACUGUAAAGCAGCGUAUGGGUGCUGUGAGUCUCGUCAUAAUGUGGGAAGCAAUUGCAAACAUCGGGCUUGCUUACGCACUACCAAUGCUCCGCGAGUCCAUUCUCCGUCCAGUGUCUAUGUUUAGCAUCAGCGUCGGUAUUGUAAUGGCGUGUAAUCUCGCCGGACUUUUCUUGUCGUGGUGGUAUAUUCCUGAAACUAGCAGACGUAGCCUCCAAGAUAUCGAAGCUGUUCUAUGCGGAUGGCAACCUGCAACUCCUCGCCGGAGCAACUCCUCGCACGUGCGGCUUGAGUAUGGAAGCAGCGAUUGA